AUGCCCGUGGCUACUCAAGCAUCACUCAAAGGCUUAACACCAGAGCAGCUAGAAGAGACAGGUUGUCGCCUGUGUCUCAACAACACCUAUCAUCUCGGCCUAAAACCUGGGCAGGGGGCACUUGCCGCCAUCGGCGGUGCUCACAAACUCCAAGGCUGGGAGCACAAUAUCCUAACGGACAGCGGCGGGUUUCAAAUGGUCAGUUUACUUAAACUUGCCAAAGUCACCGAGGAGGGUGUAGAGUUUUUGAGCCCCCACGAUGGCACCCCAAUGCUUCUCACCCCCGAACACUCUAUCAGCCUGCAGAACACUAUCGGGAGUGAUAUAAUAAUGCAGUUGGACGAUGUGAUUGUGACAACAUCCCCAGACAAAGAACGAAUGCGGGAAGCUAUGGAACGGAGCGUUCGGUGGCUUGAUCGUUGUAUUGCGGCACACAAGAACCCUUCCACACAGAAUCUCUUUUGCAUCAUACAAGGAGGCCUGGAUUUAGACAUGAGGCGAGAAUGCUGCCACGAGAUGCUUGCGCGCAACACCCCCGGUAUCGCCAUUGGAGGAUUGAGUGGCGGCGAGGCGAAACACGACUAUUGCAGAGUAGUCGAAACCUGCACCGCCCUCCUACCCGAGUUGAAGCCCCGCUACGUGAUGGGGAUUGGGUAUCCAGAAGAUCUAGUUGUCAGCGUCGCAUUAGGAGCUGAUAUGUUCGAUUGUGUUUGGCCGACGAGAACGGCGCGCUUCGGCAACGCCAUCACGAAACAAGGCAUGCUUAAGUUACGGCAGGCAAGCUUCGCCACGGACUUUUCGCCCAUUGAAGAAGGUUGCGGCUGCAUUUGCUGUAGAACGGAUGGGGAUGGACUAGGCGUCACAAGGGCUUUUGUUCACCACAAUGUUGGUAAGGAAACGGUUUCGGCUCAUCUCUUAACGAUCCAUAAUGUGUACUACCAAUUGAACCUGAUGAGGGAGGUAAGAGAGGCCAUCAUCGCGGACAGGUUCCCCGAAUAUGUUAAGGAUUUCUUCGGCCGGUUGUAUCCGAAUAAGACGUCCUACCCGGACUGGGCGGUGGCCGCACUUAAAAUGGUUGGCGUUGAUCUGCUGGAUGGAUAA